AAACUGGCGUGUUGUGCUCCCUCUUUUCCACGAGCGUCUCUUUGAAACAUGUCCUGUUACUUGACACAUUUGUAUUCAGUAGCAAUGUAGUAGCACUUGUUCGACUUCUUUAAUCUGCAUUGUAAGUGGCCGAAGUUGCAGAGAUUGCAUUAGAAGACUUUUUUGUCCGCUGACAGCAAGGGGGUGACUUCUGAAACCAAACAACACGCGUCUUGUUUGAAAUCCCGUUCUUCGCUCGAUUGGUUAGGCUUGUCGAGACAGGCGGGAACCCCUGAACCGGGCAGAGGAAGACUCGAAGCUUAUGAAAGUGAAGUUGGCGGCGUGACUGACUGGAGAAGGUUCACACCAUGGAGGGUUACAAUGAACUGCUUUCUCCAGUCAUACGUGAUGCAGAGGUUUCCAAAACAGCUCGGAGAAAGAGUGCACAAAAGAAAGUUUCAAUUCUGUCGUCUCGUGGCGACAGCCCAGAAUUCAGUGCCACCCCUACUCGCACUCCGGUAUCGGGACGACCUUUAGGAUCUCUAUUGAAGCAAAACUUUACCCCUCGGAGCUCUUUGAAAUAUCCAGAUGUAUCGGCUAUUUUGCCAUCAGCAGGGAAGUCUCCAAGACAUUUCCAGAAGCCAGGUUAUAUAUCCAGUAUGUCUAUGAAUCUGGAUGAAAGUGAUUGGAACUACAGUUUUUCUUACUUGCCUCAGCCAGCAGUCAUACCUGAGGGCAGUUUCACAGAGGAUGUAACACUGAGUGCAGUCAUGCUGAAGGAGGAGGAUCCAGGAGAAGCUGCUUCAGUUAGCAUGUUCGCAAGUUUUCUGCAGUCCUAUCUGAAGCAUUCCUCAAGUACAAUAUUUGAUCUUCUGGGGAAGUAUGAAACUGUUUGUGAGGAACAGGUUAAUAUGCUGAAGAAAAUAGUGACCCGAACAACUCCUGGUCAUCAAAAAUUUUCAAAAACGGCCAGUUUGCUGUGGUUACUACAGCAUGAGACAGUAACAUGGCGUUUGUUGGCCUCCUUGUACAGAGACAGAAUUCAUUCAGCACUUGAAGAUGACAUAAUGGUGGAUGUUGCUAUACCCACAGAAAGUGAAAAACUCAUUAUGGAAAAUUUGUUUCAAAGGGAUUCGGUAGUUCGGCAGAGUCAGUUAGUUGUAGACUGGCUGGAAAACAUUGCCAAAGAUGAAGUGGGAGAUUUUUCUGAUAAUAUAGAGUUUUAUGCAAAAUCAGUAUACUGGGAGAAUACAUUACAUAGUCUUAAGCAACGAAGCAUGUCCCAUGCAGGAUAUAGUAGGCCACUGGUUACUGAACUGGAUCCUGAUGCUCCAUUUAGACAGAAGAUGCCUUUAGCUGAUCUUGAUAGAGAGGAUGAAGGUCGGCUAUUGAAGUACUUGUUCACACUUAUUCGUGCGGGUAUGACAGAUGAGGCCCAGCGCCUUUGUAAGCGGUGUGGUCAGGCUUGGAGAGCUGCAACUCUGGAAGGAUGGAAACUGUACCAUGAUCCAAAUAUUGGUGGAGGAAUGGAGUUGCAGCCAGUAGAAGGAAACCCCCAUCGGAUUAUUUGGAAAGCUUGCUGUUGGAGGAUGGCAGAAGAUGAGAUGUUCAACAGAUAUGAACGUGCGAUCUAUGCUGCCUUAAGUGGAAACCUAAAACAGUUGCUUCCAGUUUGUGAGACUUGGGAAGAUACAGUGUGGGCCUACUUCAGGGUCAUGGUAGAUUCUUUAGUGGAACAGGAAAUUCGAUCAACAGGCACUGUUAUUCAAGAGCUGGAUGAACUGCCCAGAGAAAGCUUGGAGGCCAACUGGACAAUGGAGAAAGUGUUUGAGGAACUGCAGGCAACUGACAGACCAUGAGAAAACAGCAGUUUCUUGGAAUCUGACUGAAAACAUAAGAUGUCAUUGUUUUGUUUAAUCUGUAUUUUUCAACUUCCAGGCUUGAUGGACGAGUUUAAUGAAUGGCUGGUGGCUGGAAAGCCUAGUCUUCCUUCACACUUGCUACGCUUUAUGUCACACCUUAUUUUGUUCUUCCGCACGUUGGGAAUGCCAACGAAGGAAGAAGUAUGUGUGGAGGUGCUGAAGAUGUAUAUUCAGGUUCUGAUAAAUAUGAAGAAUAUAGAUCUGAUUGCACAUUAUGUUAGGCACUUGCCACCAGACCAAGCAAUUGUUCAGUAUGCUGAAUUUCUGGAGUCCAUAACAGAGACUGAGCAGCGGGUGCAUUGUCUUAAACUAGCCAGGGAAGCUGGACUAGAUGUGGCAGCUGUGACAAAGAUGGUGGUAGAAAAUGUUCGCAAGAAAGAUGUGGAAGACUUUGCUCAUCAUGAUAUUUCUCCUGCUUUUGACUCUGGCACAUCACAGGCUGAUCUGCGAAAGAUUGAUGUAAUUGACUGGCUGGUGUUCGAUCCAUCACAGAGGUCAGAGGCAUUGAAACAGAGUAAUGCAAUCAUGAGGAUGUUUAUGGGUUCAAAGAAAUACGAAGCUGCCAAGGGUGUUUUCAUUAAGAUCCCAGAAGACUCUGUACAUGAAAUCUAUAAGCACUGGGGUGAUCAAGGAUUGGUUGUUCCUGCAGAAGAUAAAAAUGCAAUUCGUGAGCACCUCUGUAUCCGAGCGUACCUAGAAGCCCAUGAAGCCUUUAAUGACUGGUUUAAGCACAUGAACACUGCUCCCCAGAAGCCAGUCCUGCCUCCACAGGCCAAGUUCAAAGAGGAGGUUGCCUAUGAGAUGAAAGUAAAAGAUUAUGAAUUCGAAUAUCAGACCUGGAGCAGUCAUUUGAAUGCACUGACCAGUGAUGUCAAGGACAAAAUAUACAAUGUACUACUUUUUGUAGAUGGGGGCUGGAUGGUUGAUGCCCAUGAGAAUGCAGAAGAGGACCAAGAACGUUCCCAUCAGAUGACAUUACUGAGGAGGCUCUGCCUGCCAGCCAUGUGUUUCCUGCUGCACAGUGUGCUGCACAGCACUAAACAUCAUCAGGAGUGCUUGCGAUUAGCAGACAUUGUGUCCUCUGAGCAACAUAAGCUUUAUCAGGUAUUUUCUAAGGAGGAGCUGAGAAGGUUUCUGCUGAAGUUGAGAGAGUCUUCCGUGGAGCUGUUGGAUCAAGGACUUGACCCCUUGGGUUAUGAAAUUAAAUCGUAAUAAUUGCUUUAAACUACAUUUUCUAAUUCUGCGAUCUUUGUAUUUAAUAAAAGUUCAACAUAUUUUCA